UUGGAAGUAAAUCUAUUGCGUUGAUUUCUAUCAAAUUUCACUAAUAUAAUACAAUUUGAAACAUAGCUGUAUUUCAAUAUAUAUCAAGGCUGUUGGUUCAAUAAAACAAGGAAAUUUGGAUAAUCCAAUAAAUAAUAAUUAACUCUGGGAAUCGAAUUCCGAUGUGAGAGCACGUUCUCAUCAUAACGAUAAAGUCAGCAGGAACAGAUCCAGCUUCUAAUACCAAGAGAGUCUUCGCGUCUGCUCUCGUGGUAUGACGAUAACAUUCAGCACCCUCGCAUUAUCCCACCACAAUUCGAGAGAUAAAAAAAAUGAAAAAGGACUCGGCUUCAAACAGAGGAAAGAAAAAAAAUCCUCAUUAGGAGAGCAGACUGGCGCACGUUUAAAUGAGAUCCGCAGCCUCAACAGUCGCGAGACGAGCGUCAGGAUUUUUCAAAGCUGCUCCUUUGCAGACUCCUCCUGUCCUUUUCACGAUUUUCUCUUGGCCCUUUCCCAUCGCCUAAAUUACUCACACCAGAUAGGAUCAGUAGCAGGGAUUAGGAUUCCUGCGAUGAGGGAGUCAAAGAAGAAGGAUAUUGCCAAACUAUAAUUGUUUACUCGGAGUUUUGUAAAUUCUAUUUUCUCUCGAGGGUCAA